AUGCUUAUCUUCAAGGAUGUUAUCACCGACGACGAGAUGAUCUCGGACUCGUACGACCUCAAGGAGGUCGACGGGAUCGUCUACGAGGCUGACUGCGCCAUGAUCGAGGAGGGCGGUGUCACCGUUGACACUGGUGCCAACGCCUCCGCCGAAGAGGCUGAGGAGGGUACCGACGACCAGAUCGUCAAGGUCAACAACAUCAUUGCUUCUUUCCGUCUCCAGUCCACCCAGUUCGACAAGAAGGGUUACCUGGCUUACCUUAAGGGCUACAUGAAGGCUGUCGUUGCUGCUCUCCAGGAGGCCGGCAAGGGCGAGGACGAGGUCAAGGCCUUCCAGACCGGGGCCCAGAAGUACGUCAAGGAGAAGCUGCUGCCCAACUUCAAGGACUACGAGUUCUACACCGGCGAGUCCAUGAACCCCGACGGCAUGAUCGCCCUCCUUAACUACCGCGAGGACGGUGUCACCCCCUAUUUCAUCUUCUGGAAGCACGGCCUGAAGGAGAUGAAGGUCUAG